GGCGUGCUGGUGACGCCACUGUACUGGGAGCGCGUUUCGUCUGGGCCCGGGGCUGGUGAACAGUUCAGUGUGUCAACGAAACAAGCUGAAGUGCUUGUUCAAAUUUUCACGGCAUUCAAGCACUAAGUAGUUCUAGGCAUCGAGUAUGGGCUUCAAAUUUCUGGAUGUCAUUAAGCCAUUUUGUGGCAUACUGCCUGAAAUUGCCAAACCAGAGAGGAAGAUUCAGUUUCGAGAAAAGGUGCUUUGGACAGCAGUUACACUCUUCAUCUUCUUAGUAUGCUGCCAGAUCCCUCUGUUCGGCAUCAUGUCGUCGGACUCUGCCGACCCGUUCUACUGGAUCCGCGUGAUCCUGGCCAGUAACCGCGGCACACUCAUGGAGCUGGGCAUCUCGCCCAUCGUCACGUCCGGCCUCAUCAUGCAGCUGCUGGCCGGCGCCAAGAUCAUCGAGGUCGGCGACUCGCCCAAGGACCGCGCUCUAUUCAACGGCGCCCAGAAACUGUUCGGCAUGGUGAUCACGGUCGGCCAGGCGAUCGUGUACGUGCUGACGGGCAUGUACGGCGACCCGUACGACAUCGGCGCCGGCGUCUGCCUGCUCAUCAUCCUGCAGCUGUUCGUGGCCGGCCUCAUCGUGCUCCUGCUGGACGAGCUGCUGCAGAAGGGCUACGGCCUCGGCUCGGGCAUCACGCUCUUCAUCGCCACCAACAUCUGCGAGACGAUCGUCUGGAAGUCUCUAAGCCCGGCCACCGUUAACACGGGUCGUGGCACGGAGUUCGAGGGCGCCGUGAUCGCGUUGUUCCACCUGCUGGCCACGCGCCAGGACAAGGUGCGCGCACUGCGCGAGGCUUUCUACCGCCAGAACCUGCCCAACCUCAUGAACCUCAUGUCCACGCUGCUCAUCUUCGCCGUCGUCAUCUACUUCCAGGGCUUCCGUGUGGACCUGCCCAUCAAGUCGGCCCGCUACCGCGGCCAGUACAGCAGCUACCCCAUCAAGCUGUUCUACACGUCCAACAUCCCCAUCAUUCUGCAGUCGGCGCUCGUCUCCAACCUCUACAUCAUCUCCCAGAUGAUGGCCGUCAAGUUCCACGGCAACUUCUUCGUGAACCUGCUGGGCGUGUGGGGCGACGUGGGCGGCGGCGGCCCGGCGCGCGCUUACCCGAUCGGCGGCCUCUGCUACUACUUCUCGCCGCCCGAGUCGCUCGGCCACAUCGCCGAGGACCCCGUGCAUGCCGUGCUGUACGUCAUCUUCAUGCUCGGCUCGUGCGCCUUCUUCAGCAAGACGUGGAUCGACGUGUCCGGCUCGUCGGCCAAGGACGUGGCCAAGCAGCUGCGCGAGCAGCAGAUGGUGAUGCGCGGUCACCGCGAGAAGUCGAUGAUCCACGAGCUGAACCGUUACAUCCCGACGGCGGCGGCGUUCGGCGGCCUCUGCAUCGGCGCCCUCUCCGUCAUCGCCGACUUCAUGGGCGCCAUCGGCUCCGGCACGGGCAUCCUGCUGGCCGUCACCAUCAUCUAUCAGUAUUUCGAGAUCUUCGUCAAGGAGCAGAGCGAGAUGGGCGGUAUGAGUACGCUGCUGUUCUGAGAGCGCCCACAUCAGAAGGGUGGACACAUAGCUGUCGUUUGGUGUCACAUCUUC